ACAAAUUUGUCAAGUGUUUAUUUACGUUUCGAUAAAAGAUAAAUAUAAAUUUUAAAAGUGCAAUUAGAAAUAAACACAACAAUAAAAUUAUGUUCUGGUUAUAGAAAUAAUAGGAAUACUUCAUUUGUUAACAUCAAGGCAAUGUUUCAAAAGAUAUUUAUGGUAGUACUUUGCGCACUAAAUAUUCAACAAGGACAAAAAUGCAGGAUUCAUUCUCGGACGCAUUUCAGUGAACCUUUACCUAUAAUUUUGAGAAAUGGAAGACUUCUGGAACCCACUGAUAAGUAUGGAAACGUUGAUCUUCAAUACGGAGAAACUCUUACCUUGAGUUGUGAAGGUUCCGGUCAUGUAACUCAUCCUUAUGCAAAACAUGCAAAAAUAUCAGCUGACAUUACAUGUGAAGGUGGAGAUAACUUCAAAAAUGAUGAAUGGCUGAACUCUCCAGCGAAAUUCGCCAUGUUUAGAUGUCAUUAUCCUCCUAAUUAUAGUAGUUUUCGUACCAACCGCACUUGUUUUGAUGACAAUCCCAUUGUCGAGGUAGGAUACAGAAUUCAGAACGAGUUUUAUCCUGUUUACGAAUCUUGCUUCAACGAAGCUAGUCUCAAUGCUGUGUAUUCGAAAUAUACUCAGAAAGCGUAUAAUGCAAACUAUCAGACCAAAGUUGAGCGGCCGUUUUUUAUAGCUAAUGAUAAUUAUGGUUUUGUACCAGUAGAAUCUUUAUUUUCUCCAAGAGGACAAAAAGCAGCAGUAGCUCAAUUAGUUGGACCCAUGAUUGAUAUGUAUGUUACUAAAAAUGAGUUUCUUUCAAGAGGUCAUUUAGCAGCAAAAACUGAUUUUGUUUUCGCCUUUGGAGAGCGAGCUACGUUUCACUACGUUAAUUGUGCUCCGCAGUGGACUGGAUUUAAUGGAGGAAAUUGGAAUACGUUGGAGGUAGAUUUAAGAAACCACAUGCAUGUAGCUGAAUAUGAUACAGUGGUAUACACGGGGACGUUUGGCGUUACCCAAUUGUUGAAUCAAUUUGGCCGCAGAGUGGACAUAUUUCUAUAUACUGAUGUUAAUAAUAAUCCAGUAAUACCGGUUCCUCAAUAUUUUUAUAAAGUUGUCUAUGAACCUGGUACAAAGAGAGGCAUUGCCUUUGUGGGUAUAAACAAUCCUUAUUACACUUUGGCCGAAGCUCGCAAGUUGUUCUUUUGUGCAGACAUUUGUAGAGGGAGCAGAUACUUCGCCUGGUUAUCCUGGCAUCCUGAUAAUCCAAACGAAGGUUACACGUUUUGUUGUACUGUUCCGGAUUUCAGACAAACUGUGCAUCAACUUCCAGUAUUUGAAGUUACAGGACUCUUAACCUAAGUGUACUACUACAUUUAAAAUAUAUUAUCUAAUUUAUACAUUUUGUCUAUUACUAUGCCGGGUAAACGUACUGAGCGUUUGCGUUUGGAAAUGUAGGGGUUAUCAAUGAAGAUACGGAA